CCGUCCCCUGCUGGCAGUGGUAUAUAGAGCGCAGCAAUAUAUAUUUAUAUACACAGUGCAGAGCAACAGGACUGGAAGCUGCAUCUGAUAUUCUUCAAAAUGAGGUUGAUUCUGGCAUUAGGAGUCACUUUAGGAGUUAUUGCAGUGGUGUCCACUUUAACAUGCAACAUUUGUGAUUUCCGGUUUAUUGGGAGAUGCUGGAGCAAUUCAAAAGUUGAUAACUGCAUGGGAAAUUGCUCAACUACCAAAACCAUGAUAGGUUCUGUACAACUGUUUUCCUCACUGCAGUGUGAACCCAAUUGUGUGCCUACCAAUGGAACUUCCAAAGAUAGCAUAUUUAAACUGGAAUAUACCAGGACCUGUUGUAGCACAAAUGAAUGUAACAGCGGCACUUCCAUCAAGACCUCCCUAUCCCUUGGGUUGGGGCUAACCCUCUUGUGGCUAUUCAAUGCUUUGUGAGGCCACACUAUGCAUAAGGCUGCAAAAGGAGGAAGAGAAGCUUAUAAUACUUGGGAACAAAAUGGGAAAGGAGGAUGGCUGUGUAAAUAAAAAUAAUCAUAUUGGGCUGUGACUUUUUUUCUGCAUCAUUUUAGAUUCUGAUGACUGAUUAGAAGUCAAGCCUUAUAUGAACCCCUGCUUGGAAACCCCUCCAAAAACAAGCAGAGACCUCUUCAAUCAUAGAUCCCUAGUAUUACCAACAACAAAAAACAAAAACUAUCCCACUUCUGACACCAAUUUGUCAAAUUAUGCUCCAUAAAACUUGCUAGCUAGCCAGAAAAAUUCCUGUACUGUACGUGAAAAUGAGGUCUUUAUUUUUGGACUGAUUCACUCAAGGAUCUCAUUGCUGGCUUGGUUUUUAUUCCUUUAAUAACUACAUAUAUAUAUAUAUAUAUAUAUAUAUAUAUAUAUAUAUAUGUGUGUGUGUGUGUGUAAUCAGAAGAAAAGGGUACUAUAUCUAUAUAUUUACUGUAUAGAACACCACGAUUAUUAAAUUCCACUUUUAAGAUA